AUGCAGAUCUUUGUGCGUACUCUCGAUGAUCGAACAUUAACACUCGAUGUUCAACCCGAAGAUACCAUCAAUGAAAUCAAAGAAAUCGUUGAACAACGUGAAGGUAUUCCCGCUGAUGAACAGCGUUUGACAUUAGGUGGAAUUUCAUUAAAUGAUGAAUUGACACUUACCGAAUGUCAAGUCGAAGAUGAAAGUACACUCUAUGUUUUACUCGAUCUCGAAGGUGGUGGUAAAAAACGUAAGAAGAAAUCUUACAACACACCCAAGAAAAACAAACACAAACACAAGAAAGUCAAACUGGCUGUUUUGAAAUAUUACAAAGUGGAAGAUUCUGGCAAAAUCCGUCGUUUGAGACGCGAAUGCCAAUCAAAACAAUGCGGUGCUGGUGUCUUCAUGGCCGCCCAUCACGAUCGAAACUACUGUGGCAAAUGCUGUGUGACUUAUAUGUUCAACAAACGUGAAGAAGAUCAAUAG